AUGUUAUUGGUGGAUACGGUGGAGGGAAAAAUCGAAGAGGAUCAUGACUUCAAAGCGAGGAUUUGUAUGGCCAAACCAUUCAAACAACUCACUCACAACAGAGUUUACUUGGACCAGCUCAGAAAGGAUGAUGUGGUAAGUGAAAAGAGUUAUAAUAGAUCCCCAAAGGCAAAACGGGAUCAAAGUUGAUAUUACUUUAGUCUUUGGAGAUUUGAUAGUAAAAUUCGAGCCGGGAAUUUAUAAUAAUUUUUUCCCGCCUUUUUUGGGUUAUGUAGUAACUUGUGGUUAUGAGAGUCGUGAGAAAAUAAAAUCCGAGUGUACACUUCGAAUUUUACGACGUAAAAGUGCCUGUUUGCCCAUAAAUGUCAUGGAUAAUAUACUCUGUCCUUUCCAGCUCAACCACGGCGCUAUCACCAACGAAUUUCUCAUCAAGAAGACGCUAGACAAGACCAAGAUCAUCGAAUGGGCCGGCCGGAAACAACGUGACACCCGGCUCGACCAAGACCGUCGCCUCCCUUUCUUCAGCUAUACUCCAGACAGCUUCAGCAUGAUUAUCGUCCCUAUGAUCAUCGAAAAGUAGGCGUAAUGAAGCCAAUUUGAUUAUAAAUAACAUUUCAGGAAAGAAGCCCUCGGCUCCAUGGGCAAUGACGCUGCUUUGGCUUGUAUUUCCGACUAUUCCCCGCUUCUUUACUCCUACUUCCAACAACUCUUCGCCCAAGUUACAAAUCCGCCAAUCGACCCAUUCAGAGAGCAGAUUGUCAUGUCUUUGAGAUGCCCCGUCGGCCCGGAAUCGAAUUUGUUGGACACAGGAAGCGAAUUGAAGGGACGAUUGCUUCUUGAUCAGCCAGUUUUGAGCAUUGUAGACAUGGAGAUUAUAAAGAGAACCUCGUACAGGGGAUGGAGGUCAACUGUGAUCGAUAUUUGUUACCCAGUCCGUCAUGGGCCUCAUGGACUUUUGCCAGCACUCGAUAGAAUUUGCUCGGAAGCCUGUGCCGCUGCCCUGGAUGGAUUCCAAAUCAUCAUACUGUCUGAUCGAGGAGUCAGCAAAGAUCAGAUCCCAGUUAGCGCACUGUUGGCUUUAGGCGCUGUGCAUCAAUGCUUAAUCAAACAGAGGCUUAGAAUGAAUGUAAGGAGUGUUUUUGAAGUGAUUGGGGUGACAGAAGUUGUUGUUUUGACUAGUCUCGAUUUGGCCGCCGUUUUACAUGGAUAAUAUGUAUUUCAGGUCGCUUUGUUCGUUGAAUCUGGUGAAGUAAAACAAGUUCAUGACUUCUGUGUCCUCCUUGGCUACGGAGCAGAUGCAAUUUGCCCAUAUAUGGUGUUCGAAACGUGUCACAGGUUGAGAAAUAUGGGGUUGAUCGACAAGAGUCUGACUGAUGAUGAGGUAAGUUCAUUACGGUAGUAAAAUGAGUUUUUUUACUGUAGUUGCAGUGCUACAAAUUUGAUUUUCAGGUAUUCCACGGCUACAAAGCAGGCAUCGAAAGAGGAAUCUUCAAAGUCAUGGCCAAGAUGGGGAUCUCUACCCUCCACAGUUACAAAGGCGCCCAAAUUUUUGAAAUUGUCGGCCUCGCCAAGGACGUAGUGGAAAGAUGCUUCACCAAUUCUGUUUCCCGUCUAGGAGGCGCAAACUUUGAUAUUCUGGCUCAAGAAUCCCUCAGACGACAUCGAAUGGCCUUCCCGAUCGCCUCUCAAAACAACGGAGAUCAUUACUUGUACGGUGAUAGUAAGGUUCUGGUCAGUCCCGGAGUGUAUCAUUGGCGACAUGGAGGUGAAAAACAUAUCAACGAGCCGAAUGCGGUCGCCAAACUUCAAGCCGCAACAAGAUUGAAUGACAAAAAGCUCUUUAGCGAAUAUUCUCAGGCCUCAAAUCUGGCUCAACGACUUUGCACUCUGAGAGGACAAUUGGAGGUGAAGACCAACGAAACGCUGCAAAUCCCGUUGGACGAAGUGGAACCCGCCGCGGAGAUCGUCAAAAGAUUCGUGACCGGAGCCAUGUCCUUUGGAAGUAUUUCUUGGGAAGCCCACACAACUCUGGCCAUUGCGAUGAACAGAAUUGGGGCCAAGUCGAACACCGGAGAAGGUGGAGAGAAGCCAGAAAGAUACGCAAAGAAUCAACCGGCCGAAAGGAAUAUUAGAUCCGCGAUCAAACAAGUUGCCUCGGCCAGAUUUGGUGUCAACUCCUCGUAUCUGGCCAAUGCGGAUGAACUUCAAAUCAAAAUGGCGCAAGGCGCGAAGCCAGGAGAAGGCGGAGAACUGCCAGGCCAUAAAGUCAGCAAAGACAUUGCGGCGACCAGAAAAUCAACCGCUGGGGUGGGCCUCAUCUCUCCACCGCCGCAUCACGAUAUCUACAGUAUCGAGGACUUAGCUCAAUUGAUUUAUGACCUGAAAUGCUCCAAUCCCAAAGCCAGAGUAUCGGUGAAGUUGGUGUCAGAAGCUGGAGUUGGAAUUGUCGCUGCGGGAGUCGCCAAAGGAAACGCUGAUCAUAUUACAGUGUCUGGACAUGAUGGAGGAACCGGUGCUUCAAGCUGGACAGGCAUCAAACACGCUGGACUUCCGUGGGAGCUGGGCGUCGCGGAAACUCAUCAGGUCCUCACCAUGAACAACUUGAGAUCCAGAGUGGUCCUACAAGCCGACGGACAAAUUCGGACGGGCAGGGAUGUCAUCAUCGCUGCGUUACUAGGAGCAGACGAGUUUGGAAUGUCCACAGCACCUCUGAUUGUGCUAGGAUGCAUCAUGAUGAGAAAAUGCCAUUUGAACACCUGCCCCGUGGGUGUCGCAACUCAGGAUCCAAUUUUGAGAGCGAAAUUCGCCGGCCAGCCCGAGCACGUGGUCAACUUUAUGUUCAUGGUAGCUGAGGAAGUGCGAUAUUUCUUGUCCAAGCUUGGCUUGAAGUCUCUGAGUGAGGCUGUGGGCAGAGUUGAUCUCCUCUAUGCAUCUCCAAAUCCUGUGAACAAAAAAGCAACUCAACUGGAGUUUGGACAAAUUUUGACGAACGCGAGAUUGUUGUAUCCAGAUGUGAAUAUUCGUGGAGGAUCGAUCAAACAGUUCCAUGAGAUCAACGAAUUGGAACAGAAGAUUUUGAAAAAGCUGGACGGGUUCUUCGAUGGACAAGGAGAAAACAAACGGGUUUUUAAUGACCAUAUCAGGAAUAUCGACCGUACUUUUGGAGCCAGAACGAGUUACGAGGUCUCCAUCCGCCAUGGCGAACACGGACUGCCGGAGGGCAGAGAAAUCGAAGUGAAUUUGAAGGGGCAUGCGGGACAGAGUUUCUGCGCCUUUUUGGCCAAAGGAAUCACUGUGAAAUUGGAGGGAGAUGGAAACGAUUAUGUUGGAAAAGUAAGAAAUGGAACGGGAUAUUGGAAAGUGAAACAAUCAAAAUGCUGGAAAUAGGGAGAAAUUUUAACCCGUUUAAAAAUUUUAUCAAGGAUAAGGUCAGGUUUGCGUUGAUGUGGGAAAAAAUUAAAUUAACAGUCGUUUAAUUAGGCAACACGCACAUAAAGGGUCUGUGGGAUAGUUUCCGGCAAUUGAGAAGGGUUUGAAUUUCGACAAGUAGAUUAGAGUGGAUAAGAUUUUAAAAAAAGUGUGGAAAAUUGAAUAUCCAGCACUUCCAUUUUACUGUCAACGUCUCAAAAUUAAAUUUUCAGUGCCUCUCCGGCGGGAGAAUUGUGAUCCGCCCACCGAAAACCGCGAAAUUCCCAUCAGAAGACAAUACAAUUAUCGGAAACGUCGCCCUGUAUGGAGCCACCUCCGGAAAGUGCUUCUUCCGCGGAGUUGCAGGAGAACGUUUUGCGGUCAGAAACUCGGGAGCCACCGCCGUUAUUGAGGGAGUCGGCGAUCACGGCUGCGAAUACAUGACUGGCGGAUUGGUCAUCAUCUUGAAGGACAUUGGAAGGAACUUUGCGGCCGCGAUGAGCGGUGGAAUCGCUUAUGUCUUUAAUAAGUAUGUGGAUUGAUCCGAAUGCGAAAUUUGGGGAUGGAUUGAGGCUAAUUUUGAUUUGAAAUUGCAAAAUUUAUAUUGUUUUAGAGAUGGAAAUGCAACCAACUUGAUGAACCGCGCCACCAUAGAUAUCGAUCCCCCGACAGUGGAAGAUCUGAAACAAGUGAAGGAUUUGAUUCAAGAAUUUGUCGAUGAAACUGAAUCCAAGAUCGGCCAAGACAUCCUGAACACCUGGCAUGAGUCAGCCCCAAGAUUCGUUAAGAUCUUCCCCAAGGAUUACAAACGGGUAUUAACCGAGCUGGAAAAGGAAAAAAAUGAAAAAGCGGACGCCAAGAGAGAAUCUGACAAUGCGUUGGAGGUAAGCAAGGGUUUCAAGAAGUUGUUUUUGCAUUUGUUACCUUAUUUUACAUUUUUUUAAUCUUUGGAUAUCUUUCUAGCUUUUUUUGGUAUUGUAAAAUACGUUUUUGGUUAAUCUAUGGACUUACGUAAGCUUAAAGUAGCUGGUUUUUGAAAAUUUUUUACAUGGUCCAACUUUUCUGCUAAUUUUUGCAUUUUUUUGCACUAAAAACGUACGUGAAAUUUCAAUGUGUUGGGCCAUCCGAAAUGAUAAUGAAUUCGACCAAAGUUUCCUCUAAUUCGAUUACUCGGAACUGCUUUGAAUUGUAAUUCUAUUGUGCAGAAUAUUCAGGACUCGCUGGCCCCACCGCCGCGCUCCCUUCGCGCCCUUUCAAUGGACAUGCAAAUCGCCCCCGAAGACGAGAAAUUGGACAAGAGAUCACGAAGAAAGAGAAGUGUUAGUGUUUUCUGUUUGGUUAUUACUGUAGGAAUGAGUAGAGGAGGGUGCAAAGCACUGAUCUGUGAUUCCGCUUUUCUUUUUAUCGGUUGGCUACGAAAUGAAAGCGAGAUUUCAUUAUUUUUUCAUUAAGGUUUUGUUACUAUGUAAUUUAGGGUGUCAAAUUAAGCAUAAAGUGUUUUUGUUAGUUCUACAUGACAGUAGAGAGAAUUCUGUGUCGAUUUUUUGAGAAAAAAUUGGAGAAAAAUCUGAAGAAGCGAUCUGAAAAUAAAAUUUUUCGAAAGGAUUUGUUCCAAAUUUCAUACGCAAUAUACUGCAAAAUGACGUAAAUGAACAUAAAAUCAACUCGCUUUACUUUAGAUCAUCCAACAUCGCCGUCGAAAAUACUCCAAGAGCAUGCAAACGCAAGAUUUCGCCGGAUUCGAAGGGACCGUCGAUCUUCAAGAAGCCGACGCCGAAAAUGAGGACCUCGAAUUAGACAACCAAUCAGACGAAGAUUCGGCUAGUUCCAUCGAAAACGAGAAGCCAAUGAACAAUCCGUCCGAUGAUAUUGAAAAUAUCAUCAAUAUUAUCAAAAAUAAUGAGGAAAAUCUGGACAAGACUCGCGGUUUUGUCAAAUAUCAGCGUCAAAAGAAGGUCUACCGUAACCCGGAGGAGCGUCUCAAGGACUGGAAUGAGGUGACGGACUAUCAGGCCAUCCGAUCCAACAUCCGAGAACAGGCCGCACGGUGCAUGGAUUGCGGCAUCCCAUUCUGCCAAGGAAACACAGGCUGCCCUCUUGGAAAUAUCAUCCCCAAGUGGAACGACUACGUCUUCAAGAAGAACUGGCGCCAGGCUUUGGAACAGCUCCUUCAAACCAACAACUUCCCCGAAUUCACUGGUCGCGUUUGUCCCGCACCGUGCGAGGGUGCUUGCUGUGUGGGAAUCAAUGCUCCAGCAGUCACGAUCAAGAACAUUGAGUGCGCCAUUAUUGAUUAUGCGUUCUUGCAAAAGUGGAUUACGCCUCAGGUCCCACCGGCAAGGACUGGAAAGAGAGUUGCGGUCAUUGGAAGUGGACCUUCAGGUAGGUCAAGAACAAGAUAAAAAUGUUGGUGAAACAUAUCGAUUUUUAUCAAAGGGUGUGAGGACUGGGUAGACAGUGGCGAUGUUUGAUUUUAAAUACGAUUUAGUCUGAAGUUAAGUUGCUAGAUGUUAAGCUUUACCUAUAUUCCUAAUAGUCAACUACAAUAUAAAGAGUCGAUUUUAAGGACGGUUUUGAGCGAGAAGUGGCAGAAUAACCAAGACUAUUAUAUAUAUUUUUCUCACUACUAUUCUAUAUUGUUAUAUUGCAGGUCUUGCCGCCGCCGCUCAGCUCAACAAAGUCGGUCAUGCAGUUGUUGUCUACGAACGAAAGAACCGCGUUGGUGGCCUCCUCCGUUACGGAAUCCCUCAAAUGAAACUGGACAAGUAUAUCCUAGAGCGGCGCGUCAAAUUGAUGGAAGACGAAGGCAUCCGCUUCAUAACGAACGCAGAAAUCGGCAAAGAUGUCCCUGCCCAUAUGUUGUUGAAGGAGAAUGAUGCCAUCGUUGUUUGCACGGGUUCAACCACCGCUAGAGAUCUGAAAAUCCCUGGCAGAGAAGCCAAAGGCAUUCACUUUGCUAUCGAAUACUUGCAACGAAGUCAGCAGAUUCGAGCCGGCGAUGACAUCCCAUGGGAUGGAUUGAAUGCGGAGGGAAAGAGAGUGAUCGUUUUGGGUGGAGGCGACACUGCUACUGAUUGUAUUGGAACCUCGUUGAGAUUGGUAAGGAAGAAUGAAGUUAUGUGGGAACCGAUUAGAGAAAAAUCAGAGGAAUUCAAGGGAAAAUGCGGGAUUUGGAAGAAGAAUAAUACAUUUGAUGUUAUGAAUAAGAUAAUUAGUGAUCUUUUUGUUGAUUUUGGUCAUUAGAGCACGUGAUUGGUGGUAUGAGAUAGGAAAAUGAUACGACUUGUUACAUUCAGGGGUGGUCAGCAGACCCUAUUUUUCCGAUUUUCGGCCCGCGGCCCGGCCCGUCUAAUCACCGGCCCGGCCCGUCUAGUCUUUUUCCAGGCCCGGCCCGGCCCGUGACGGGCCUGGCCCGGCCCGUGCAGGCCCGUCUAUAGAGGGUUCUGCGAACUGCGCCCAGGCUCGGGAUCUAAACUGAGGCAAAAAAGGCGUUGAUCUAGCUAGUAAAGGAUCAAUGUGAUAGUUUUGUGGUUCUAUAAUGGAACUAUAGACUUGUAAACGUGUUAGAACUUGAGAAACAGCAACUAUAACAACAUCAAUUAAUUUUCCCGGCGCGAAAACAAUGAAUGCCAACGGUUUGGCAUUGUAUUUUAGACGGGCCGGGCCGGAAAAAACCCCAGGCCCGCGGCCCGGCCCGGCCCGUGACGGGCCCGGCCCGUUUGUCAAUUUCCAUUUUUGAGGCCGGCCGGCCCGUUUGGGCCGGGCCGGCCCGCCGACCACCCCUGGUUACAUUACACAAAUUUAAUUGCAUUUUUCAGAAAGCGAAAUCCGUGAAAGCGUUCGAAAUCCUCCCUAGACCGCCAGAUGAACGUAAACCAGAAAACCCAUGGCCGCAGUGGCCAUUGAUCUUUAGAGUUGACUAUGGUCACGAUGAAGCCAAAACUCUGACUGGAGAAGACCCAAGAAUCUAUGGAAUCUCAACCAAGGUCAGUUUUUGAUGUUUUUAGACUUAAGCUGGACUGAAACAUACCGUAAUAUAAUUUUGAUCAAAUAAUUUUUACUUUUGUAGGAAUUUAUUACCAAGGAGAACGACAAAGGCGAGACCGUCCUUGCUGGCCUGAAAACUAUCAGAAUCGAAUGGGAAAAAUUGGAAAACGGCCAAUGGAAAAUGAAUGAAGUCCCGAACAGCGAAGAAAUCUUUGAAGCCGACAUGGUAAUCCUCGCCAUGGGCUUUGUGGGACCGGAGAAAGCUGUCAUCGAACAGCUGAAACUGGAACCCGAUGCAAGAAGCAACAUUAAGACCCCUCAAGACAAGUACAACACAAACACCGCCAAAGUUUUUGCGGCCGGAGACUGUCGCCGCGGCCAAUCCCUGGUGGUCUGGGCCAUCCAUGAAGGCCGACAAGCCGCCCGCCAGGUCGACCAUUACCUAAUGGGAAAAACCAAUCUGGCUGGCCCCGGAGGCAUCGUCCUAGGCCCCAAUUAG